AUGGCAUUCAAUCGUCAGUCUGUAUUUACAUUUCUUAAUGUAUCUGAAUCAAUAACAACAAUUGAUCGUACACGUCUUGAACAGCUUCGUUCAGAUUAUGUAGCAGUGGUUAAAACUUUACCGAAGGCUACAACAACGACAACCGAUAAUCAUAAUGAUCCACUCAAAAUGAUUGCUGAAAAAUUUAUGCUCGUUGACGAUCCUAUCAAUCUUGAUCAUUUAAACCUAUGUGUUUCAUGUAGUAGUUUGGAUGUUGCAUGUGAAGCGAUUCUAGGCAAAUACAUUGACUUUAUAAUAGUCGAAAGACGGAAUGCUAGAAAAACAACUCAAUCGAAUGCAAAACUUGUAAUCCAAUCUUCAACAUUGCCUAUUGUUACUGUCUCAUUAACAAAGAUUAUUUGUCAGAUUCUUGUUAAACAAAAUGAUACAGUUGUAAUCGAAUUCAUUCAGAACUUUUUACUAUCUCCACUUACUGAAAUAACAUCAAAACGAAGAUCACAAGAGAAAUUCGAAGCACUAUCCUCUGAUAAUCUAGUUCGUGCAUAUCUAAAUUCUGGCUGUACACUUGAUGUAUUUAUACGUUCUCAAUUACUUGCUCGUGGUGAUUCGAUCGAUGUUGGACGACCACUCAGUAAACUUCCAUUAAUAGAGUCAAUAACAUUAGUUGAUGAAUUUGAUACUUGGUAUUUCGAUCAAUUACGUGGCCUAUUUGAAUUGAAUCUUAUUCCAGAUGAAAAACAAUUUCCACGUCGUUGGAAAUUAGCAGCAGAUGCACAAAUUUUUUAUACAAUCGAAUUAGCAGGAAAACAAAAACGAGAUGAUUACGAAAAUGAAAAAACAAUAAGAAAUAUCGAUCGACCAAGUACUGUCUCAUUGGAACGAUUUGUUGAAGAUGUUUGUGAAAAAGAAAACAAUGGAAUGGCUGCUAAAUGGCUUGAUGCUUUACGUGCUGAUGACAUAUUUACAUAUGAUCAUUUGGCUAAUUUAAAAUAUGCAGAAUGGAAUGAAUUGAAAGUAUUAUCUAUUAAUGGAAAAAAAAUUCUUAAAUCCUAUAUAGAUCAUGAAAAACAAAUGGCCAGCGAUGCCAAAUCCAGUGCACCAGCAAAAUCAGACAAUUCGAGGAAAAAAUCUGGCAAAAUUCAAUCAGAAUCGGAAUUACUUGCUUGUAUUCAUCAAAUAAAAUUAUACUUCCAUUAUAUACUUGCUGAUGAAUUUGCUUCUGUUGGAAUUCCAACACCGGUUAAAUUAGAUGCUCGUUGUGUUCAUUUAUCAUUCGAUGAAAUGCGUCGAGAUGGUUUUGCUGACGACGGUCUUUUUGAUCAAAUGAAAGUCUUCUUUCUUCCACUCACUAUGAUUGAGCACGAUUUAACUAUUAAUGAUGUACAAUGGCAAAAUUUGUUGCGAGAUCGUUUGCGUGAACGUGAGCAAUUACUUGAGAAACAACAACGUUUAGUUGAUGAACUUACUGAAAAAGAAGACGAAUAUUAUCGACAUGAUGAUUCAAUUAGAAAACUAAGAAAAGAAAUUCAUUUGAAGAGACAAAUAUCAGAAGAACAUAAUGGAGAAAAGUAUGAAGGAUUUUCAGUAGUCGAAUUAUUGAAUGAACAUCGAAAAAGAAUGGAACAAUUGGAACACGAAAGAAAUGAACUGCGUACACAAAUGCAAACUACUGAAGAUUUAAUCGAAAACAUUCAAAUAGGUUUGAUUAGACAAGAUGAUAAAAGUAGCAAGAACACUGAUCGAGAUUUAAUCAAACCAAACAGAGGAUUCAUUAUGUAUGGACCACCGGGUACUGGUAAGUCAGAUAUUAUGAGUAAACUCUCAACACGUAUGGGUGUAUGUAUGGUUGCACCUCCCAUAGCAGCCGGUGAACUCAAUCGACCUCUUGUAGGUGAAUCAGAACGAAUCAUAUCUGAUAUUUGUAUGCGUUGUCAUCGAAUACCCUAUCUUAUGUGUUGCGUAUCAAUCGAUGAAAUCGAUUCACUUGCACCAAAACGUAAAGAUAAUUCAAGUGAUGGAAAUAUUGCUAAAUUAAGUGUACUUUUAUCGGUAAUUGAUGGAAUAAAAGAUGUACCAAAUUUGAUGAUAUUCUGUGCAACAAAUCGUUUACAUAUGAUGGAUGAAGCAUUUCUACGACGUAUGUCAGGCAAAUUUUUCGUUGGACGACCUUCAUCUCAUGCUAGAAAGAAUAUUCUUAGUGGAAUAAAAUCUUGGCAUAUUUCACCAAGUUUACUCGAAAGUUUAACUAUGGCUACAACCAAUUUCAGUGGAGCUGCACUUAGAGCUCUUCGUCGUUUGAUUACAGUUCAUUGUAUCGAUAUGCAACGCAUCAAUCCACAAUAUCAACUAGAUUAUCGUACUAUGCUUCAAUUAGCUGAUACUACUGCUCGACAAUAUCGUAUUGUAAUCGGUUCGGAAACAUUACCGACUCUACUAUUGCGUGCUGAUAAUAAUCAUUCGUUUGAAAACAAUCAGAAGUCGAUAUCAAGAUUUAAUGAUUUACCAAACAAAACAAAUUCUGUAUAUACUGGCAAAAUUAUUGUUAAUUUAGAUGUUCGACGGAUUGAUGUUGAAGCUAUAAAUAUACAUCCAAUUACUGGUGAACGUGAAAAAGUAGUCCAUCAAGAAUUUUUAACUGGUUCAGAAACGAAUAUACAAGAAUUACUUGAACGUUUGACUGUCUAUGGAAAAUCACGUAAUGUUCAAUUAUUACAACUAAUUGAUCUCAAUCUACUAUCGGCAGAAAGUGCCUAUGAUGAAAAAGAAAAAUUUGAAAUUCUGAAAGAACGUCUUGAUGAAUGUGCUGCUUAUCGUCGUUCAAUGAUCGUCUAUGAUUUAGAUUCAUUGAUUGGUGUUAAUAAAAGUGAAGGUAAUUCAUCGAUGGGUCGAUCAACAAAUCUAUCUUUAAUUAAUCAUAAUGUCUACACAUAUGUUAAAGAUAAAUUUAAAAGUGCUUAUAUUCAAACAUCAACAUCUAAUAACAAUAAUGGUAUACAUAAAGAUACAGUUGUUAAUGAAGAAAAAUGGUCUGUUAUGGUCAUAUGUGAUCCAUUUCUUCUACGUCAAUUUUGUGAUGAUGUUGCAUUUACACGUUCAAUAAGUGAAAUCGAAAAAGAAGAAGCUGAAAUGCAUCGUGCUGAUCAACCUAUUAAAUGUGUUCAAUGUAAUGAUUAUUAUCUUGAACAAGAUAAUAAAAUGGGUGUUUGUGUACAUCAUGAUGGAUUUGUUUACGAUAAUCUUUCACUAACACUUACACAAUGGGGUCAACAAGCUGCAAUAGCACAAUUACUUAAAGAAGAAGCAGAAGCUAUCAAUCAGUCAACAACAAAUGCCAUGACAUCCGAACAAAAGGAACAUAUUGAACGUAAAAAACAACGUUUUAAAUAUAUUUGUUGUAAUCAGACUGUACUAGCAUCGGGUAUGAUGAGUGGAUGUAAACGAGGUAAACAUAGUUCAGCUGAUAUUACACUAAUUCAAUGGGAAUAUGCAUGUGACCAUAAUAGAGAAUAUCAAGAGAAACGAUUAAAUCUGUUACAGAGUAGAAUCCAAUAA